AAACGGUAUCAGUUAACACAAUAUGUUCAAGUUUGUAGUUUUGUUGUCAGUACUUGCUUGCGCUCUGGGAGCUGCAAUUCCCGAAGAGUCCUCGGUCCCAGAUGUUGUCGAACCAAUCCCAGACUUGGUUGAACCCAUUCCUGAUGGUUUGGUAGUUCUUCCCCAGUUGGACGGUCGUAUUGUGGGCGGUCAAGACGCAUCAAUCUCCAAGUUCCCAUACCAGAUCUCGCUGCAAAGAAGUGGCUCCCAUUCAUGUGGUGGUAGCUUGUACAGCAACCGCGUCGUCGUCACAGCUGCUCAUUGUCUACAAAACGUUGCUGCCAGUUCCCUCAAGGUCCGAGUUGGUUCAUCCACAUGGAACAAUGGUGGUGCUCUUGUUGGAGUCGCUUCAUUCAAGAACCAUCCCAACUACAACUCCAGGACAAUGGUUAACGACAUUGCUGUUAUUCAUCUUAGCUCUGCUGUUUCCCUCAACUCCAACGUUAGGACAAUUGCCAUGGCAAGCUCUGCCCCAGCUCAUGGAACCAAUGCUGUCGUCACUGGAUGGGGUACCCGUUCAUCUGGUGCAUCUUCCAUUCCAGCAACUCUUCAACAAGUCAACGUCAAGAUUGUUGGCAGGUCACAAUGUGGCUCAAGCUCAUACUCAUACGGUUCCAGUCAAAUUAGAGAGACCAUGAUCUGCGCUGCUGCUCCCGGUAAGGACUCUUGCCAAGGUGAUUCUGGUGGCCCAUUGGUUGCCAACGGUGUUCAAGUCGGUGUUGUUUCUUGGGGAUAUGGUUGUGCCCAGUCCAACUACCCAGGUGUAUACUCCGAUGUUGCUGCACUCAGGUCCUGGGUUCAAGCUAACGCUUAAGGCUUUAUCGCUCAUAAUGCUUUGAAUUAAAUUCAGUUUGAAAAAUAAAAUUGUUUAUUCCGAAAA